AUAUGUUUUCGUAGUCAUGUCACUUUCUUCUAGUUCUUUCUGAAAACUGGGAACUUAAACCGGCGAAGAACAUCAUGACUGGUGGUAGUGGAUACAUGGUAGAAGUUACUGGACUUUCGCCAAAAACCACCGAGAAAGAUCUCCACCAUUUCUUCGCUUUCUCCGGCGCGAUCGAGCACGUUGAAAUCGUUAGGUCUGGUGAUUGUGCUUGUACUGCAUAUGUGACAUUCAAAGAUGCAUAUUCUCAAGAAACUGCUUGCUUGCUUAGUGGAGCCACUAUUUUAGAUCAACGUGUAUGCAUAACGCGUUGGGGGCAGUGCGACGAUGGCUAUGGUUUUUGGAAUCAGCCUUCCUACAACCAUGCCGAUGAGACUGCUUCAGAUACACAACAUAGAGGCCAAUUUGUUUCCUCUGCUGGAGAAGCAGUUACUGCGGCUCAAGAAGUUGUGAAGACCAUGCUAGCAAAGGGAUAUGUUCUCAGUAAGGACGCAUUGGCUAAGGCUAGAGAGUUCGACGAAUCUCAUCAGGUUUCUGCGACUGCAACAGCGAAAGUUUCUGAACUGAGCGAGAGACUUCGCCUCGCUGACAAGAUAUCAGCAGGUGUUGGAGCUGUGAAAUCUGUGGAUCAGAAAUAUAAUGUCUCUGAAACAGCCAGGUCAGCUGCAUCUGCAACUGGAAGAUCGGUGGCAGCCGCCGCGGACUCUGUAGUAAAUAGUAGCUAUUUUUCGAAGGGAGCAUUGUGGCUGUCAGGUGCUCUAACCCGAGCAGCUCAUGCUGCUUCUGACUUGGGUGCUCGUGGCGGUGGUCAGCACUGAGUAUUCUUGUCUACCUCUUCCUCUACAGAAUAGCUUUUGUGAAAAAAUAAAUCCAUAUUAGUUUAAAAUAGUAUUAGUUUUACAUGUAUGUAGAAUUGUUGAUCUUGAUACUUAUAUGUAAAGUUAACAAUAGAAAUUCUGUACAAGGCCACAGCUUAGUUAACUGUUGCCUCAACGGGAUUACCAUAACGUGAUGAUUGUAUGGAUACUAAGGUUGUAGUUUCUACAAGUUAGCAAAACAGACUUGGUUAGGAUGAAUGAUACAGCUAACUUAAAAUUUCAA